AUGGAGUCCCUUGUGCCUAAAGAUUCACCUCUGGACGAUUACCUCCAAGGAAUCGGCGGCGAGGAGACAUGGACGGCCGAUGAAAUGCACAGUGAUAGCGAUCACGAUGUCCCGACCUCUGAUUUUGCGCCUCGUGGAGCAUCUCGCUUCCAGAAGAGAGUCCGCAACAAGCUCCCGAAGCCUCUGGACCUUCGCAGCUCGUCCCACGGAGCUCUGGUCGAGAAGCUUUAUUCUGCCUGCUCGACUGCUCUAAAUGCGCGCAUCGCCCGAGGGGAUAACGAGCGUUUCCUGGAACAGUUUGGCUACGUCAUCGUCGCCUCGCAGCUCUUGAAUGAGCACAGUGCGCCCUCCUACACCUCCGCCGCCGACGUGCUUACGACGUCCCAACCCGCAGAACUUCCGUCACUCUCAACCACUUUUGGCGUGCAGGGCGCUGUAGUCACCGCCUCCACAUCCUUCUCAAUCGUCUGGCUACUGCAUUGGGGGCGGUCGAAAACCGGAUCGGGGCUCAAUUUGCGGAGAUUCGGAAUUCUUUUGAUCUUGGUCCCAGUACUGGGAGUCUUCUUCUACGCCUUCGCCAAGCGACAAUGGUUGAAAUACUUGCGACAUCAAGCAGUCGAGGCGGCCGGGGCAUUUGUGAGAAACGCGCAGGGGUUUGAUUCCGCCGCAUCGGCCUCGGUGGUUUUCAUCCAGGAGGUCGAGCUGGUCUCUAGAGGCUACCGAAUAAGCACGCCGCUCCCACCGAUCAGUCGCCUCGAAGAUCAAGUUCAAAUUCGGCGAUGCCUGCGACUUCGAAAAGCAGUGUCCGAAUGCUUUUCAUCCAUGUUAGGACGCUACAUCCAAUCCCAGAACACGUUGCGACCGUUGACCGACGAGGCCAACCUCGCCAAAUAUUAUGACAUCUACGACCUUGCGCUAGAGGACCUAGCAUCUAUAGAAGCUACAAUCUCACAAGAAUCGCUGGAUGACCCCUGUUCUUUGCGCUCUUUACGUGACUCGUUCGGAAAGUUGUACACUGUGCGAAAAAGUGUUCUGUGCUGUCUGCUCGCCCUGAGCGCUGACGGAGGGGGCUCUGAUAUUGCGCGGUGGAAUUCAGCUGUGGAAGAGAUGCGCGAGCUUGCGGCAGUCACGGGAUCCAGCAUGACCAAGAUGACCAACAUUCUCAACGAGGAAGAUCGGGAUCUCAUCCCGCCCUCUCCGCUGCCAUCGGCCUCCCCAAGCAAGGAGCGUAUGCGCGCGCAAUUUCGGCGGCUCAACUCCUUAUCGCAAGGCGUGCGUGCCUUACAUGCCAAAAUGCACAUCGUCAGUGAGGAGUCCAAUGCCAAAAUGGACAAAUCCGACGGGGGUGAAUUUGAGGCGAGCCUCUUGGCGCAAUACGAUUCGAUUGGCAGCGACAUCAAGGCCUUACUCCAAGAAUGGGAACUCGGAAAAGCUGCCUUUGUCAACAGCACCGACCGGCUCAGCAUUGCAGAGCUGUCAAGGCCGUCGAGCAUGGCUUUCCCUCUGUCCCCAACACCGAGUCUUGGGGGCACAACCGCUGUGGAGGGCAGUCCCACCGAUGCGCUGAAGGCGCUGAAUGGUGAGCGCCCCGACUUGACGCAUAGUUUUGAUGACGAAGAGAUCUUCGAGGCCGUCGUCUUGCCCGCAUCCAGGAACAAGAGGGCCUCAUUGACUCGGGAUGAGCGGCUGGCCCGUGUCCGAGAAGCUCGCGCACAGAAGGCGGUUGUCCAAGAAAAGGCCAACGCGAAGACCAACAUGCUCAAGGAGCUAGAGAUGGUCAUUCAACAAAGACCUCGCAAUGGCGCCUCCAAACGAGUGACUACCACCCCACAUCGAAACAUGUUUGAGGCACGAUUGGAACAGGCUUCUCUCUUGAAGCGCGUCGUCGACGCUAUUAAGGAUCUCGUUCAGGACUGCAACUUCGACUGCAAUGACUCCGGUAUCGCGCUUCAGGCCAUGGAUAACUCGCACGUUGCUCUGGUCUCAAUGCUUCUGCGUGCUGAGGGCUUCUCUCCCUACCGUUGCGACCGCAACGUCGCUCUCGGUAUCAACUUGGUCUCGCUCACGAAGGUCCUGCGCGCUGCUCAGAUGGAAGACAUCCUGACAUUGAAGGCCGAAGACUCGCCCGAUGUUAUUAAUUUGAUGUUUGAGAGCGCCGAGACUGAUCGUCUCAGCGAGUACGAUAUUAAGCUCAUGGAUAUUGACCAAGAGCACCUGGCCAUUCCCGAGACAGAAUAUGCCGCUGUCGUUGAGAUGCCUUCAGCGGAGUUCCAGCGUAUUUGCCGCGAUCUGAACGCUCUCUCUGAGUCUGUCGUUAUCGAGGCUAGCAAGGAAGGCGUCAAGUUCUCCUGCUCUGGUGACAUUGGAAACGGCUCAGUCACCAUUCGCCAACACACCAAUGUCGAGAAGCCCGAGCAGAAUGUGUCCAUUGACCUUUCCGAGCCCGUUGCUUUGACCUUCUCUCUCAAGUACCUUGUCAACUUCUGCAAGGCUUCCAACUUGUCCACAUCCGUAAGGCUGAAUUUGUCUCAGGAGGUGCCUCUCCUCGUGGAGUACCCUCUUGGCAGCGGUCACCUGCGCUUCUACCUCGCCCCCAAGGUUCGUCACGAAACCCCCCUCUUGGUCGGAAUUGAGCCACCGUUACUAAUCACCGAGGAUGAACAGAUUGGCGACGAGGAAUAA